AUGGCUUCUUCUUUCUUCGUCGCCUUCGCAGCUCUGGCCAUCAGCUGCCUGCUCAUGCUCCAUCCCCUCAGCGUCUCCGGCUGGACAAAUGGCGGCGCGACGUGGUACGGCCCACGCAACGGAGCCGGCACCGACGGUGGUGCGUGCGGAUACCAGGGCGACGUGGAGCAGCCGCCGUUCUCCGCCAUGGUCACGGCAGGCGGCCCUUCCAUCUACAAGAACGGCAAGGGCUGCGGCUCUUGCUACCAGGUGAGAUGCGUCGGCAAUGCCGCCUGCUCCGACAGACCAGUGACCGUGGUCGUCACCGACCAGUGCCCGGGCGGGCCGUGCCUGGCCGAGGCCGCCCACUUCGACCUUAGCGGGAGGGCCUUCGGGGCUUUGGCCAAGCCCGGUCAGGCCGACAACCUCCGCAACGUCGGCGUCCUCAAAGUCCUGUACAACCGGGUGCCGUGCAACUGGCGCGGGACGGACAUCGCCUUCAAGGUGGACGCUGGCUCCAACCCCAACUACCUCGCGUUUCUCGUGGAGGACGAGGCCGGCGACGGCGACCUGUCGGCGGUCGAGCUCCAGCAGAGCGGCGGCGGCUGGGCGCAGAUGCAGCAGUCGUGGGGCGCUGUCUGGAAGUACAACUCGGGCUCCACCCUGCAGGCGCCCAUCUCGAUACGCCUCACCUCCAGCUCCGGCAGGAAGCUCGUCGCCAGCAACGUCAUCCCCGCCGGCUGGCAGCCCGGCCACACCUACCGAUCCAUUGUCAACUUCUGA